GGAGGUAGCAGUGGUACAGUGGCGUGUACAGUAUAGGAUAGAAUAGGAGAGGAGAGGAGAGGAGAGAUCGAGGAGAGGCGGGCGUAGGGACGCUCUGGGCUGUGCAGGCAAGAGGACAACACCAACACAGCUCUUCCUUCCAUCUAUGUUUCCAUUUGCUCACAACUAGCGCCGGGCUCGCCUUCCUUUCUGUCAAAAGCUGCUUGUCGCGUCUCCCGCAGCAUGUGUACUCCGUGCUGUGUCUCGCAGCUGGCCUGCUGCUGUGGCUCAGCAGCCUGCUCGUGCUGCUGCAACUGCUGCCCAAAGAUCAAACAGUCCACAGCGACGCGUAUCAUGUACACCCUCUUCUUUCUACUGGUCACCGUCGUCUGUGUCAUCAUGAUGUCCCCCACAGUAGAGGAUGAGAUGAAAAAUAUCCCCUUCUACAGUGAACUGUGUGAGAAGAUGAAUGCAGGGAAGAACUGCAAGACCCUGGUUGGUUACUCUGCCGUCUACAAGGUGUGCUUUGGCAUGGCCUGUUUCUUCUUCAUCUUCUCCAUCUUCACCAUAGGCGUCAAUAACAGUACUGGCUGGAGGGCAGCCAUACAUAACGGGUUCUGGUUGCCAAAAUUCAUUUUGCUUGUGGCCAGCUGUGCAGGAGGGUUCUUCAUUCCACAAGAAGAAAUAUUUCUGGAAGCGUGGCGCUAUAUCGGAGCUGCUGGCGGCUUCAUCUUCCUCCUGAUCCAGCUGAUGCUGCUGGUGGAGUUUGCCCACAGAUGGAACACAAACUGGAGCUCAGGAGUGAAGUAUAACCGCUUGUGGUACGCAGCGCUGGCGUUGGUGACUCUGGUGCUGUUCAGCAUUGCGGUGGGAGCCGUGAUCUUCAUGGGUCUGUACUACACCCACCCCACGGCAUGUCACCUCAACAAGAUCUUCCUGGGCAUCAACGGCAGUCUCUGCCUCAUUGUGUCGCUGCUUGCAAUCUCCCCCAUCAUACAGAAACUUCAGCCCACAUCAGGCCUGCUCCAACCCGGAGUUAUCAGUGUCUAUGUCAUGUACCUCACCUUCUCAGCAUUCUCCAGCAAACCAAGAGAACUGGUGGAGAAGGAUGGAAUGAACACAACCGUGUGUGUCUUUCCCUUCAAAUCUGGGAGGGAAAGUGACAAGAAGAUCGUCACAGCUCUAGGAGCCGCUAUCUUGUUUGGCUGCAUCCUUUACUCCUGCCUGACCUCCACGAUCAAGCGAAGAUCUGCGGCGCUCCGAGUGUGCCGAAACAGUGAACCGGAGACCGAAAGAGCCCGAUGCUGUUUCUGCUUUGGGGAUGACACAGAUGACUACGAUGAAGAGAAGACCGGUGCAGGCCAAAAUGUGGUGUACGAUGAGAGCGAGGCGACCAACUACAGCUACAAAUAUUUCCACUUUGUCUUCUUCCUGGGUUCCCUUUACGUCAUGAUGACCAUAACAAACUGGUUCCACUAUGACAACUACAGGAUUGAGAAGCUAUUGGACGGGAGCUGGUCAGUGUUCUGGAUCAAGAUUUCCUCUUCGUGGGUCUGUCUGCUGCUCUACAUGUGCACUCUCAUCAUGCCCAUCAUCUGCCCCAAGCGCUUUGAGGCCUAGGACACAGGCGCCACAGUCUGGCCAGGUGACUUCCAGUUGAGCUGUCGCCAUGUAGCUUUGAGAAUGAGCCAAGGGACCAGUGACCUUUUUUUUUUUUUAAAUAAACCUUGAACCAUUGUCUUCUACUGUCCUCACCUUUAGAACUGGAGGAAGGUCUGAUACCUUUUAUUACACUAUUUGCAAAUGUUUCUUACGUGUUAUGCUGUUGAUACCUUGAUGGUAUUCUUUUUUUUUUUUUUUUGUACAAUUACAAUGUCUGGACAUUUUGUAUUACAAUCCAAUUUAAAGGUCAUGCGAAUUCUGUUAAUUGUGAACUCACCCUCACUAUUUCUGACUUUCUGUUCAUUUUCCCCUGUGUGAGUCUUGUAUUUGUUUUCUCCCAGCUCUAUACAAUAGUACCAUAAAUUUGUAGCAAAAAUAAUCAGAUCAAUUUGUUUAGUGUUUUCUGUGUGAAAUAAUAUUUGUUUGUUUUGAGUCCUUUUGUGAGGGGAAGUGCAAAAACUGAAUUACAUUUUACAAAUUCAUCUCUCAAGCUUACUUGUAUGUGAGUAUGCUUUGUCAUAUUGUGUUCCCUUUUGUAUAUUUUCUUUUUUUUUUUAAUGCAAAAAAUGAAAAAAAAAAACAUUUUAUGCAAAAAAAAAAAAAAAAGCUCUCUGUUGUUUUGGAUUUUUCGGGUUUUGUCAAACCCAGUGCUCCCUUUGAGCAAAGUCUUUUUCGGUAGAAAAAAAAAACGGAUACUAUUGACAAAAACGCUCAUCUUUGCUGUGUAGAUUCUGUAUAAUCAACCCAUUUUAUUUAACAGUGACAGUAGUAGAUGAUGUUCCAACUGUAAAGCGUGCAGCUGUUUGCCAAAGUUAGAUGUUUGGAAAACAACUACUGAACUCUCCAUGGAAAAUGUAUUAACUUGCAGAUUUUAUGUUUCCAGCACAUUUAAGACACUUAAAUAGAGUUUUGUCCAUUUUUAUGCAUCAGUUUAUACUAAAAAAAAAAAUUAUUAUUCAACACUGGAUGUUGAGAUUACAGUUAAAUUAAUACUCACAAAUGUUUGUUAACAGUAAAUUGUUUCUCGCACACCACCACUAAACCCUGUUGUUUUCCUAACAAAUCAUUUCAUUAAUUUGUGUACAUUUUUUGCUGAGAUCAUAUUGUGGAAAAAUUAAUUAUUAAAGUGAAAAAUCUGUUCAGCCCUCACAAA